AUGGUCAGAUGAGACGUGUCGACGUCAUACGAAGGCGACUUGUGUUUUUGUUUUUCUUAGUUGACGCCGAUUGUUAAAUUGUCUCCAUUUUAACCUUUAUUUCUGUUAAAGUAGAUUUUGGAGUAAAGUGGUGACUGUUACCGCGAUUAUAAACACCUGGCGUUCAGCAAGAGCACAUCUGGAAAGACCAGGUUUAAAAACAUGUAUAUUAAUGUGAUGUUUUAUUCGACACCGAGUUUAUUGGUGCAGGAAAGGAAGUGAGACUGAAAACUGAAGCUCUUCUGUAAUAAACUGGAGACUCAACAGAUGUUCUGUUCCUUUACACUCCACAUGUCAGAACGAGGAAAACUGCACAGGAUUCAGGAAAAACCUCCCGUCAUUACAGCUAUGCACCAGAAGGAGGCGCACGUCCUGCACCUCAUAUUCAUCAUCUAAAGCUCUUCCACAUGGCUGCAGGAUUUGACCCAUAAGACAAGAUCACAUGUGUGAGAUUCUAUGCCACACUCCGUCUAUUUACGAUUGGAUUCUGUGGAGUCUUUAAUCGACGUCCUUCCCUAUAUGUUUUAUCUCGGCCUCUUCUUUGUGAACGUCCUCAUCCUCUACUACGCCUUUCUGAUGGAGUACAUAGUGCUGAAUGUGGGGAUCGUGUUCCUGCCCGAGGACAUGGACCAGGCUCUGGUGGAUCUGGGCGUCCUCUCGGACCCGGCUUCUGUCCCGUACGAGACGGACACGGAGUUCGAUGUGCUUGAGGGAUAUCUGGAAUAGUUCGGAAGGACAGAACACAUGGCUCGAGUUAUGAGCCAUACACGUCAGGUCUGUGGUGAGAAGAAGGCAUUAUGGGUAAUACAGCCAAGGACUGGAGUGAUGUUAACGAUGAUGACGAUCGCCGUAGCUGUGAGAAAAUGGUGCCUUGGUCAAUAUAUAGCAGAAAUAGACAGCAGAAAAAAAGUAAGCCAACAUAUGACCUUUAUAUCAAUAGUGACAUACGAUGCACCCGAUUGUAUACACUAAAGGAACAAGGAGCUGAACGCAGUCCAUGUCAUGCUGCUGUCUGAUUCAGAAACAGAAUCAGAUUCAUUGGCCAAGUCUGUUGAUGUUGACAUACACAAGGAAUUUGGUUCCAGCUGUUUGUGACUCUCAAAAGUACAGACAUAAUUAACACUAUACUGUAGAUUUAGCUUGUACUAUACAAGACAAUACACACGACGUAAGACAAUAGACAGUACGAGUAAACAGUAAAAUAAUCACCGACGAGCUCCCGUUACUUCCCAAAAGUCGCCAUGUGUUUUAUUUCCCUUAUACACCAAACAAACAUAACGUUGUCUAUUUACAGUUACAUUUAAUGCCGUAGAACAUCCAGAAAACGACUUACUGGUGCGUCAAAAUAUGUCAAUUUAGAUCUUUAUUUCUGUUUAAAAACACUGACCCUGAAGAUUCCUUACGUGCACGAUCACAGAAAACGUGACCGUUCGCCACGUAUCAGAACGAGCGCAUUAAUAUCAUCGAGCUGCUGUUACAGAAAACUAAUCAGCACCUUCUGACCAAUCAGAGUCCAACGGUAUCGCGUCCCCUGAGGUUGUCCAGGCUCAAGACAGAUGACGUCCAAAUAUUCUCUUCAGAUGGAAUUUACUAAAGGGAAAGCAGGAUGCCUGCACCGUACAGAGUUCCGUAAAACGGAUCGGAUCGACAUCAGACGCGACAUCGUCACUGACAACGUGGCUCUCUAAUCACAGAACCCGCUUAGGUUUAGACUGAGGUUUUAUUAACGCUGAUAUGCAUCUCAUUUUUCAUUACAGAAACGAAUAAAGCACUUAACACGUUCAUCCUUCACACCACAGACGACUCGCGCAUGGUUUCGUUUCGUUUUGAAUCGUUUCUUUUGUAGAUUAGAUGACGCAGGUGAGCGAAAGCUCUUCGAGACUGACGUGAUAUCCUCAGUAUCGUGCUGCUUCCGAAGAGUGACGAGCUGUUCGCUUGUGACACGCUGUAACCGGUGGAUUUCAGACACACAUGCAUAUAUAUAUAUUCUGUAUAUGUACAGUAUAUAUAAAUAUAUCUAUAUAUUUAAUAAAUAAUUAAUUUCACUUCA